AUGUCCGACCCAGAGCUCCCUGACUUCCAGACCAUACUGGAGCUUUACAAGUCGCGCGCAGCAGAGGGGCGAUCUGAAUUCGAUGCAUCGCUCCGGCGCUGGGUAGAGAAAGGUUGCAAGGGCAACGGCCCCCAGGUAGACUUCAAUUAUGUCUCAUUCCACUACCUUAACAGCGACUAUCCUUUGCUUCUUGAGGAACUCAGGCUCCACGAGAUCUGGUAUCAAGUGAUUCAAGUCUUCAAGCAUACAGAUGAAUGCCAUGAAGCUCAACAGAGGCUGGUGUUAAGUCUCGUGGCCCUGAGAGAGACGGGAUACUUGCCUCUCCCCCCCCUUGGGGAUGGCAGCCCUCGAAGCGAUUCCUUCUCUGACGGGCGAAGGCUCUGGCCUGAGUUCCCACUCUUCAGCCCAGCUCUGAUUGAGGAAUACACCACACGCUACUGGGACAAGAGCCAUUACGACGACGUCCAGCGCGAGAACAUGGCUGCGGCUAUUGGCCGCCUCUUGUCCAUUGGCAUCUAUGACGGCCCGGCCCUCGUUGCGCUCUCGCUGUUCCGCGAAGUCCUCGAGACCGAUCGACCACUCCUUCCAGCGAGUGCGGACACAGAUGGCCAGCAAGAGGUCCCUAUAUCCGUCGAACAAGGGAUUAAAUUUGCUUCCAAUGUUUCAGGGUACGCGGAGAACGGUUUGAUUCUCCUGGCCAGCAAUAGGUGUGGCGCUGCCACCUCGGUGCCGCACCUGAACUAUGCUGAUUUCCCGGACCUGUCGGCUCCUGGAGAGCUCGCCAUCAAGUCUGGCCUUGUCUCGUCCGAUCUCCGCGGGUACAGCCCUGGGCGCUGGGCGUUUUGGAAGAAGCGCGUCGAGGAGCUAUCGGCCUUUGAGGGGUCGACCCUUGCGGAAAGCGACAAGGCUGAGAAUGGGGGAUCAUGGGCAACACUCUCCGGUCAUGCGGAUUUUAUCAUCUCUGCAUUGGGGGAGGCGGAACGAAGUACCCAGUUUCUAGAGCACAUGUAG